AUGCAACUAGAUAACUAUAACAACUAAAAUUUUAUGAGAAGCAAACUUCAAAAUAUCAUCCAGAAAGCCCAGAAUAAUUCAAUUGAAUAUUCUCCAGAGCAAGCUAGCAAUUAAAGAAUAAUAAUAAGGAAGAACUUUUAAAGGGUGAGGAUCCCUCCAAGAUUGGACUCAUCGGUUGAAAUAUUUCUAAAAGAAUCAAUUCCUAAUGGCAGAAAUAAUAACAAUCAAUUCACAAGUGUUGAGAGUGACAAAAAUGAAAGCUUCGCUAUUAACUCUCCACUUUACAAAGGCAAUCAAAGUUUAUACUCGACUCAGGUUAGCAGAGUUAAUGCUAAUUAUGGUGGUAUACCUACAAUGCCAAAGAAAUACUAAACUCCAAAUAUAAUGCAGAAUAACCAUAAGCCAUCAAGCUCACAAGAUUGGGUGUAUGUUAAGGAGAGUAGCCCAAAUUCUCGUGAUGCAGAUCAGAGCUAAUAUUUUGAAAAGACCUACCAGAAAUAGGAUUUAGAUCGAUUUAAUCCCAAGUAAACGUUGGUAUAUUCACCAUAAAAUAAAAUUGGAACUCCAUUUAGGGAACAAUCUAGCAAUUCUAGAUCUCCAAAUCCUUUGCCUCAUCCAAGCUAUUUCAACGUCCAGUAAUCUGGUAUGAUGGCAAGUACAUUAGAAUUAAUAAAGUAAAAGCAAGAUACAUUAAAAGAUAAGUUCAGUAAUGGCUUGCUUAGUAAACUAUAACAAUAAAUAUAAGAUAAAAAGCUUGUUGUGAAGAAGAUAAAUUUUAAAGCAAAGGAGGACAUAGAAAAAGAAGAGGAGGAAAAUAAAAAUUAAUUAUUGAGAAAGUUAACAACAAUGAAAUCUGAUAAUAGCCAGUAGCCACUCAGAAGAAUGAAUGUAGUAAGAAUCUAGACUGGUUAGUAGUAGAUUAUUGAUCAGAAAACCUUGAACUAGAUGAGUUCAUAGAAGAUCUUAGACGAUGGAGAUGAUUUAAUGUCUGAAAAUCUAAUUUCAAGCUCAGAUGAUGAGAAAAAAAUCAAGAGAAAGUAGAGUAAUGAUAUCAACAAUUUAAGUAAACUCAAGAACCCUCUGUUGAAAGCUAUACUUUAGAACCACAAUAGCCAAAAGACAACACCUUAAUAUGCUAAAAAUUCAGCAACAUAAAUUCAUGAUGAAAAUAGAAAUACACCAAACAUCAGCUAAAACUAGUCUUCUAUUUAAAACACCUAAAAUCGUAGCAUCAAAGACUUGCUUAGUUAGAAUUUAAAUACGAGAGUCUAAUUACUAAAGCAAAACAAGUUUUAGGAGCUACAAAAAGAUUAUCAGAUUUAUGAGAGAAAGGAAAAGGUUUAGGGCAUGGCUUUUGAACGUAAAAUUCACACAACUUUGACGUAAAGAACUUGCUAUCUUCCAUUAUUUCUUUGA